AUGCUCGGGCUCGGGCUAGUCAGUGUGCACCAGGAGCGGCCCAUCCCGAUCAAGCCUCGUGUCCAUGGGGAGUUCCAAAACUUUCAGCAAGGAUUGCCUUGCAAGCCUUCCCUUGCUGCUUGCCUGCUGUCUGCGGCCCAUUGCAGAGGUCGGCGUCCUGCUCGCAGGAGCCAAGAUUUGGAGGUGGAUUGCCUGUUUUACAGUCUGACCGCAUCAGCUGCGGGCUUUGAGCGUGUGGCCGUGGUGGUUGUGCCCAACGGCACGCGACUCAUGUUCAUCGACUGGAGCAAGCCCGUUGAUGGCGCUUUGCCGGCAGCAAUGCCAGUGUCUCCACUUCAGCUGCGCUGCCUGCAAGCUGGCUGA